AUGGCUUCAACAUCAGCUGCAUUGGUGAAUGGAUUGGGUUCUUCUGCCUUCUUGAAUGGUGGCAAGAAUGGCCAGAUUUUGUUAUCUGCACCAAUUGCAGCUAGAACCAGUGGUUCUGCACUGUAUCCCAAGAGGUUUACUGUGGUUGCUGCUGCUGCUGCUCCUAAGAAGUCUUGGAUUCCUGCUGUUAAAGGUGGUGGCAGCUUCAUUGACCCCGAGUGGCUCGAUGGCUCGCUCCCUGGUGACUAUGGUUUCGAUCCUCUAGCCGAGCUGAUCCACGGCCGAUGGGCAAUGGCUGCAGUCGUGGGCAUCUUCGUUGGCCAAGCCUGGAGUGGCAUCCCCUGGUUUGAAGCUGGAGCUGCACCAGGCGCCGUUGCACCCUUCUCUUUCGGCUCACUCCUUGGCACCCAACUCCUACUCAUGGGUUGGGUCGAGAGCAAAAGAUGGGUAGACUUCUUUAACCCCGAAUCGCAAUCUGUUGAGUGGGCUACUCCAUGGUCAAGAACUGCAGAAAACUUCGCCAACGCAACUGGCGAACAAGGAUAUCCCGGAGGCAAAUUCUUCGAUCCUUUGGGCGUUGCAGGUACACUCAAGAAUGGAGUUUACAUACCUGAUGCGGAGAAGCUUGAGAGAUUGAAACUUGCAGAAAUUAAACAUGCAAGACUUGCUAUGUUGGCUAUGCUUAUAUUUUACUUUGAAGCUGGCCAAGGGAAGACACCCCUUGGAGCUCUUGGACUGUAA